GAAGCUCCUCGUGCGCGCCCAUCCCGACCACAGAAGGAUAGAUAGUUAAGCGAGUUUUGUGAUUUACGGGUUGCUUUGGAACCUCGCGUUCUCACGAUUACAAACCGGUCGCCGCCCAAAGCGCUGGUGCCACGCGACUGAACGGAGCCACGCGUCGCCAGCUGAACUCGAGCGGCGAGAGAGAGGUCGGGGCAAGCGGUCCGUCGAGGCGCCAGUUAACCAGAUUUAUUUUCGCUGCAACCUGAGCGUUAAGCCUUGGGCUCAGAACUGGGCGGAAAUGCGAGGACGGCGCUGUAAAGCGCAGGCCGACCAUCCUGAUUCUUGGUAGAAGCGUUUCGCCAGUCAUGGUCGAUUAAGCCCUUUUAUUAAGAUGUGUUUGGGACUAGCGACCGAUCUGAGCUGUGAUUACGACCGUACAAGUCCAGUCCACCUGAUUGUUGUGGGGAAAAAGAGGAGGAAGAGGUGUGAUGUGCAUUGCCUUGAGCAUCUAUAGGAAGGGGCCAGAAAAUUUUCAUGUAGCAGGCAAAGUUCCAUUAAAGCAACAUAGCUUUCUUAAAAAUAAUCACUUGAUGUGGAUUCAGUCUUCAAGGGCCAAUACUAAUACUCAACAGCCUCCAAAGAAUCCAUUGGUAUCUGUUUCUGAUGAGCCAGAUAUAUUAUAUAAAAGGCUGGCUAUUUUAGUUAAGGGGCAUGAUAGAGCUGUGUUGGACAGUUAUGAAUAUGUCAUGGUGCAUGCUGCAAAAGAACUUGGUCUCUCCAUUGAAAAAAUAGAAAAGCCUCCUAGAAAGAUAGAAAGAUUCACGCUUCUGAAGUCAGUGCACAUUUAUAAGAAGCACAGAGUUCAAUAUGAAAUGAGAACACAUUACCAAUAUAUAGAGUUAAAGCAUUUAACUGGUAGCACAGCCAAUGUUUACUUGGAAUACAUUCAGCGAAAUCUACCAGAAGGGGUUGCCAUGGAAGUCAAAAAGACCAAAUUAGAGAAGCUUCCUGAUCAUAUUCAGACACCUGUCUGGGAUGUAUUGCCUCCAGCAGAAGAAACAACAAUUACAUCAUAAAUACCUGGACUCUUUUUUUUUUUUCAUUUCCCUAUGGGUUAAUUAGGAAAUAGACAUGAAAUACUAUUGUUUUAUGAAAUCUACACUGAUUUUGAAAUAGCCCUGUAUCAGGGUAGUUACAGGGAAACUUAUUUCUUGACCAAAAGGAGCAUAUCUGGAACUUUACAAGGAAAGAUUACCAGUUCAGAAGCGAUUAAGGGGGAAAAAACCCUAUAUUAAUGGACAUUUCAUCUGCACCGUAAUUUGCUUGAAGAUGUUGAAAAUGAUAGCAUCCUUAUAUAUUAAUAAAACAAAUGUUAUACCAAA